AUAGCCCCCCGUCGGAGGAGGCUUUUGCCACUCCGCGCAGCGCACUUCGCGCCGGCGCCGCCACUGGGUGUCUUUCGGUGUCAAGCUUCUGGUUACUGAUCUCCCUACUUGAGUACUGUACCUUACCCACGUAAAGUGCGGUACUUACUCCAUAAUGCCCACUCUAUAACUCGACCACAUCCACCUCUACUUCCACGCUACCGAUACCUAGCUACCUAGCUACUGUACUACCGGUAGUGCAUACUCUUCUAUCCCCCAACCUCUGCAGCAGGCACUGAAUCGGUCGAGCAAGUUCAAGUCCUUACACUUGCGCACCCCACACGCACCCAUAUCUUCCCUGGAGGAAGAAAGUGGGCAGAUACUGGUACGGCACAGACAGGAGGAGCGAUCAUACCCCCCUCAGGCUCUACUGUACUACUCGAGUACGAGUACCUUACCCCUCCCCCUCCCCCUCCCAAACGUUCACUUUUAUUUGUUUUUUUACUUCUUCGAAACCAAGAAUUCCCCCCCCUGCCCCACCCCCCUUUCCCAGGACCAAACCAAAUCCACCACCCCCCUAGUUUCCCGUGGACCAUUAGACCAAACUCACAUCUCGCUCUCCCAUUCUGGUCCGGUCCGGUUUGAUCCCGGUCCCUAACCCAAGUCCACUGCACUGGGUCAUAUAUACUUUCACCCUUUCCGCCCCUUCCUUCUUUACUUGGUUAAGUUAAGCUUGUUCCUGCUCCGCUGUGUCUGACUGUCUUUGCGCCUAACGAAUCUCCGGGAAAUUUAUAAUAUCGAAUCUGUCACCUGCUCUUUCUUGUUCAUCCUUCGAAAUUUUCUUUUCUUCUGUUCUUUCUUUUUCCUCAUCCCUAGGGCGUACGCACAUUUAAAUCAAAAAUUGGACAGAUAUCCGGACGGUUCGAUACAUAAAGCUACAUGAGCACAUCCAGGCCGUCUUCCCGUAUCAUUCUGCUGGCUAGUAACAGCUGUGGUUGUGGUUUAAGCACGCCAAUUAUCGUCCAGUUCCCGUUCCUAUAUUUGCCGUUAUGAAUUAUAGAGAGCACGAAGAGCCGUUGCUGGGUUCUAAGGUGAAUCUCGGUAUCACGCAUGUCGGGUCGGAAGCAUUGAGGUUCCCGCAAGCUGUUGCUCAUAGAGGGUUUAGAGCUCAGUUUCCCGAGAAUACGCUGACGGCUUUUGAAGGGGCGGUGAAGGCUGGGGCUCAUGCUAUUGAGACUGACCUGCAUUUGUCGAAAGAUGGUGUGGUCAUGAUAUCUCACGAUGCAACCCUGAAACGGUGUUUUGGCGUGGAGGGAAAGCUCAUUGAUUACGACUAUUCAUAUCUUAAGACUCUGCGAACAUUAGAGGCUCCACACGUUCCUAUGCCGACACUGAAGGAGGUUCUCGAAUUUAUGUGCCAGCCGGCGGUUCUGGGUAUGUGGCUGUUGUUGGAUAUAAAGCUGGACAAUGACGCCGAAGACAUCAUCCGAGAGACCGCUUCUGCAAUCUGUUCGGUGAAUCCAAGCCGAGAGUUCUGGGCGAACAGAAUAGUCCUUGGAUGCUGGACACUGGAUUUUUUACCACUGUGUGAUCUUUACUUACCAGGGUUUCCAAUUACUGUACGCUCGAAAACUCCAAAUCCUUCUUUUUUUUCUAGAAGGCUUAUUGAAGCAUUGCUAACGGUUUUUUUGCUUGGGGGGCCAGCACAUUGGGUUCUCAAUUCCUUAUGCAAGAGAGUUUCUCAAACAUCCUGGCGUUUCGUUCAAUCUUUUCUAUGCAAUCCUUUCUGGCAAGAAAGGCGCAAAGUUCGCUAGAGACGCCCGAGCGGCGGGAAGGGAUAUGUACGCGUGGACUGUGAACGACGAGCAAACUAUGAGAUGGGCGAUUCAUAAUGAAAUCGAUGGUAGAUUUGUCCUUUCUUUUCUUCCUCCCUCCUUUUGAUCGCGUUUCGGGACUACGACCUAACAAUUAAAUAGCGAUUUGCACUGAUGACCCUGUCAAAUUCCUUGACGUCUGUGACGGAUACCCGGGCUGUCACUCUACAGGGCAGAUGGCUCUUCGAAGAACCCUGCAGAUUCUGAUCAUGCAGUUUUUUGCUUGGUUCAUAUCCAUUGGCUUCCGGUGUCGUUACGGAUUUAAGCUGACAAAAAAGAAGAGGGUUGAGAUGGGUCCUUCCCGCGACCAUAUUUGUUAAUAGUUGUUUUCGAUAGAAUGGGGGUAUCGUGUUGGUGUUUGUAUUCAUUCCAUUCUCGUACUUAUAUUAUUGCAUGCACAUAGGCUUUUCGUUUUGGGGGGGGGGG